AAAGCUGAGAAUCUCACAUUCUUAGGAAGGUGUUUCUCUUGAGUUGUUGGACUCAUCGCUGAUUUAAUAUUCGCUAUGGCACGUACCAAGCAGACUGCUCGCAAAUCGACUGGAGGAAAGGCGCCUCGUAAACAGCUAGCCACUAAGGCUGCAAGGAAGAGUGCCCCAGCCACCGGUGGUGUGAAAAAACCUCACCGUUACAGGCCUGGCACCGUGGCUCUUCGUGAAAUCCGUCGUUACCAAAAAAGUACGGAAUUAUUGAUCCGUAAAUUGCCAUUCCAACGGCUUGUUCGUGAGAUUGCUCAGGAUUUCAAGACGGAUCUUCGCUUCCAAAGUUCUGCUGUAAUGGCUCUUCAAGAAGCUAGCGAAGCGUAUCUUGUCGGCCUUUUCGAAGAUACGAACUUGUGUGCUAUUCACGCAAAGCGAGUCACAAUCAUGCCCAAAGAUAUUCAAUUGGCACGUCGUAUCCGUGGCGAGCGAGCUUAAACGCAAUAAAUCAUAGAAUUAACGACCGGCCCUUUUCAGGGCCAC